AUGACAUCUCAUCAACCAAUUUUAACAACCAUCAAUCAUCUCAUCCAUCGAAUAGACAAGGUAAAAGUGUGUCAAGAUCAUUGGAAACUUGUUGCAGAAAGCUUAGCUAUGCUUCAACAUCGAUUAAAUGGAAGAGAUAUAAUAAAUUGUGUAAGAAAAUUACACGAAGGAAUUGAACACACAUUAAUAGCCAUUGAUGAAGUUGUCACUGGUUGCACUGAUAGAGAAAUCGAUCUCAAUGGAGUCACAUAUCGAGAUCUCGAAUCUUUACUACUCCGACUUCAAUUACGACUCGCUCAGCACGAGGCUGAUUUGGCAAACGACCACGAAACAAAAGUGCAAACACUUUGCAAUGCAUAUCACAAACAACAGAUCUUUGCUCAGAAAUUUCUCGAUGAGACAAUGAGACAACGAUUAGAAACAAUUGAACAACAUACCAAGGAAAAUACCAUGGAACAACUUCGUCUAUUACGUAAAAAGUAUUUCAAUACCAUCGAAAUUUAUCUUCGCCAGUGCAUUGAACAACACAAAAGUGUACCUCUUACUGGUCUCACAGGUGAUAUUGUUGUUAAAGUUGCUCAUACCUUUUAUCCAAUCUCUCCGGAGGAUGUAAUCCAAUUGAGACAGAAAUGGCGAGCAUGUGAACUUCCUCUCACACGUACAUUCAUUCAACUUAAACCUGAUAAAUCUACAUCAUUCGAAAGAAAUGAAUCACGACGGUUGCUUAUGGAAAACGGAGUCAUUAUCUUACAGGGUGCAUACAGUCGAAAAGAAAGAUCUACAGGAAUAUGGGACCGAUUAGUAUCAGCUCCCUACAUGAUGUCAAUGGUUGAAAGAGAUCGAUAUUCAGAAGAAGACGAUGUCACUGAGGAAACUAUUAUUCGAUCGAAACGUUGGAUUGUUAUUUUGGGUGAUCCAGGAAGUGGAAAAACAAGUUUUGCUCGAUGGCUUGUUCAUCAUCUGGCUCAAAUACUUCUUCUUAACGGACAACAUUCCACUGAUUAUGGACCUCUUCGUAUACCGAUUCUGAUUCGUAUUGGUGAGUUUGCUGAAAUAUUGAAAGAACAACCAUCAAUCACUCUAUUUGAUUAUAUUGGAAAACACAAAUGGAUGGGCAAAUCAAUUGUUGAUGAUUCAUUAAUCUCCUCUGAUAAUAUAUCAUGUGCUCUUCAAGAUUAUAUUAAACAAGGUCAAGCUCUAAUCAUACUUGAUGGUCUUGAUGAGAUUCCUGUUUCAGACCAACGUUCAAAAAUCAUUAAUAUUGUGGAAAACUUUGUUGAUACUUAUGUUCAGACACCCACAGGUGUUUCUGUCUUUGACAAUGUAUAUUUGAGCAAACUACUAGAUGACCCAUCUCGAUCAGGAGGUAAUCAAUUAAUUGUCACAAGUCGUAUAGUUGGCUAUCAUGCUGCUCCAUUAGCUGGUCAAUUUGCUCAUUACACAAUUCGACCCAUGGAUAUGGAACACAUGAAGGAUUUUGCUGAUUAUUGGUUUUUUCGUGUGCAUCAGCACAUAAUAGAUAUUCUAGGUCUUUCAUUAACCAAUCAAGGAGAAAAGCAUAGCGAAAACCUGAAGAAAGAAUUAGAAAAACCAGAGAAUGUUGAUCUUCUCGAUGUUGCUUCGAAUUCUUGCUUGAUGUCCUUCGUUUGUUGCGUGGCUUUCAGUCAAUUGGAAGGUUCACCAUUACCUACCCAACGUAUUUUACUAUAUGAAACAAUUGUUAAUUCAAUGUUAUGCUUGUGGUGUACUAAAAGAUUGAUCAUUCCAAUACCAGACUUAAUUCGGAUUCUCAGUAAUAUUGCUACUUAUAUUCAUGGAAAUUCUGCAUCAGGUCUUAUUCAUGAAGAAACAAUGAAAGAAAUUUGCAUUGAAUCUGUCAAAGAUUCGCUAAAUAAAAAUAUUUAUAAUGAAGAAAAUAUCAAAGAAAUUGAGAAUCAAGCAUGCGAAUUCGUACGAAUCAUUCGUGAAGAUGUCGGUAUUUUAGCGGCUCGAGGUGAAUCACUUUAUGGUUUUCUUCAUUUAACAUUUCAAGAAUAUUUCACUUGUUUGAAACUUAUCGAAAUAGAAACGAUUGACACAGAGAAGGAAGCACCGUAUGAAUCUAGUUUACAGAACAAAGUUCAACUAGCCGCUCAGUCUUUGCAGCAUCAUACAAAUGACCCACGUUUUCAGGUACCUAUCGCACUUGCUUUAGGCAAGAUCAGCUCUUCUUGGUCUCAGAAAGAUUUUGAUAAUUUUUGUUACGAGUUUAUAAAAGGACAAGAUGAAUCUAAUUCUCUUUUACCACUUUGUGCAUACAUGUUAAUUAGCUGUGGUAAUGAUCUUGUGAAUUAUCCUUCUCAUGAGGUUUUGUUCGAUGCUUUGGAUCAUUUAAUCAUCGCAGCUGGUAAACAUAAAUGGUCAAUUGUUUGCCCGUUUCUACUCGAUCAAAUCACAGUUGUGUUAAAGAAAUUUCGCAAUGAUAUUAUUGCACUAUGGAUUCACAAUUUAUUGUUACGAUCUUCUUCACAUGAUAUUCAAACAAUAUCGGCUCUUUGUAACCUUAUCGCAGGAAAACCUCAUGAAUUUGAAAGCAUCAAGUGGUUAAAUCAAUCAUCUUGUUCAAUACUUCAAUCUUUGUCAAUACUUGAUAAUGAAACUAAUGAAUUUGCUAUUGAUCGACUAUUAGUCAAAAUUGCUUUUUCAAACCGUCGUUUGUUAUCUGUGCAUUCAAUGACCUUCAAGGAGUUUUUACUUGGUAAUGAAAUUGAACUAAAGUCGAUUCCUGUUAAUCUUUUUCCUUUGAUCAUCAGUUUAUAUGGUGGUUUGAAACGAGAUGGUUCUACUAUUGUCUUCGAUCCACUUCAUAUAUAUCGAGAGUCAAUCGCAGUCACCCAGAUUUUGGUGCGUUUUCUUUGUAAAAAUAAUUUAAAUACGCAAGAUGAAAAAAUAAUGUUAAUUAAACAAGAAUGCCUGCAAUCAUUACUGUCACGAAUACAAACUCAUGAAGAAUCUCCUGAAACAGUAGAUCUGUGCGUCGCAACAAUCUGCUUGCAUGGUAUCGAUUAUGUGAAAGAAAAUAAACGAAUAAUCUCAAAUUCUUUAUUUCAAAUGAGUUUGAGUAGACUGAAAUAUAUGUCCAUGAUUUUACGCCAAUAUUAUUUUGUCAAUGGCAAUGAUAGUUUACACGAAAAGGAAGCAACAAAAUUUAUAAAAAUGGUUAUCCAAAACUUCCAGUACAGUGAAUCAUCAAAUGUACAAUUUCUGGAUUUGUUAAAUUCAAUGAAAAGUAGUUUAGCUCGCUUACAGUCUUCCACAACAUCAAUUUUGCUUAAAGGAGAAUCAAUAUCUAGUAAACGAGUGACAUUAAAUCUUCCUAAUUCUCUUCGUAAAGAAAAUAAGUUUCUCGAUCAGCUUUUAUUGGCAGAUGCAGCGUUUUCCUUAGAACGAAAAUCUUGUUUGUUACUUCAUCAUUUUACAAAACUUUUUUGGAUAUUAGAGCAUAAUGAAGAGUUGGAUACACAAUAUAGAAUGGCUGUUGCAAUGGAUACAAUACCAGAAUAUUUACUCUUUCGCAAUGAUGAAGAUCUCGUAUUUCCAUUCGCAUUUCUUCCUUUACAUUUACAGAAUUUAUAUCUUCGACUGUUGGAGCAAAGAUUUAUUAUAACGAGUGAUCCAAAAGAUUCAAUUGUUGUUCGCCUUUUGAGUUGGCCAUCGGAAGAACAAUUUGAGCAACAAAUUCGAUUAGCAGAUGAAGCCAAAGGUAAUGAUUAUGAAAGAAAAAUGGUUGAAGUGUUUGUCGAAAAUGAAAGUGAUUCAAAAUUCGCUUACAUUUAUGCAGCAAAACCAGAGUUAUUGAAUGAGAAUUGGAAAAGAAUUCCAAGUGGUGAUUGGCUUCAACGAAAUUUACACUGA